AUGAGUAUUCAAUUGCGAGAUGGAUUCAUAAAUGAAUCACAGGAUAAAGUUUUAGAGGAUCUGCUUGUCAGAUUCGUUGUUAAUUGUCCACCAGAAGAUCUCUCCAGCAUCGAAAGAGUAUUCUUCCAGAUAGAAGAAGCUCAGUGGUUUUAUACAGAUUUUGUCAGACAGCUAAACCCACAACUGAAGAACCUCUCUAUGAAGACUUUCUCCCAAAAGAUUAUAGAAAAAUGUCCCUUGAUUUGGCGCUGGGGCAACCCAGAAGAUGCUUUGGUCAGAUUUGGAAAGUACAAGUCCACCAUCCCAGUCAGAGGUUGUGCGCUGUUCAACAGUGAUUAUACCAAACUCCUACUAGUUCAAGGUUAUCAGUCCAAAAGCUGGGGAUUUCCCAGAGGUAAAAUUUCCAAGGCAGAGUCCGAUUUAACGUGUGCAUUGAGAGAAUUGAAAGAAGAAACAGGUUUUGAUGCCUCUAAUUACAUUGAUGAAAAUGAAUAUAUUGAACGAACAAUUAAAGGAAAAAAUUAUAGAAUUUAUUUGGUCAGCGAUGUGCCAGAGGAUACUCCAUUUGAACCUCUGGUAAGAAAUGAAAUCUCUGACAUACAAUGGAAAGACGUAAAGAAACUUUCAGUGGCUUGCAAGAAUUCCAACAAGCUUUUUUUAGUGGAUGCUAUGAUAAAACCCAUCCUCAACUUUAUAAAGCGGAAGACUUCAAGUGAAGAUUAUUUAAAGCAAAAAGCUACCUUCGAGUUAUCAAGUCUCUUGGGUAUUGGGGAGGAAGAGGAGACUGCCGAUUAUGGUAGGGAGCUAAUGAAUAUUAUUCAACAAAUGGUUCUAAAAGACAAAUCACAGUCGAAUGCUCCACAGAAAGAAAUAUCAUCUCAACAGUACCCACAUCCACAGCCAAACUUCCCCGAUAUCAGCAACACCAACAUCAACAACUCUGUUCCCAUUCCAGUUUUCCCCAAUUUCCCUUUCAUUCAGAAUCUUCCCCCUCAGCAAAUACCCGCUUUCAUGAAUGGUCAGCUACCUCCUUUACCAUUUUUGGCUCAGCCUUUCCCAUACAUUCCAGGAGGAAUGCCUCCCACAGCAAUGUUCCCACCCGCCAUGCCUCAACAGCAGCAGCAGCAGCAGCCUAAUGGACCUCCUUUUGUCCCACAAGAUACUGGGCCUAAACCAGAAACUUUCAACAGACCAACAUUUUAUAGGUCGAAAGAAGCCGAUGCCUCUCAACUGCUGGACAUUUUACGAAACCCUGCACCAUCACCAGCUCCACCAUCAGCAACUCAAACCGAAUCCAAGAAUUCUGCUGAACUUCUGAGUAUUUUGAAACAACCUAAUUCCAACACCGCUAAUUUGACCGAAAAUACUAUGAAGCAAUUUAAUAAGGAUGUAAGCUCAACGCCAAAGGAACAGAGUGAAAUAUUACUCAAAUACUUGAACGAAUCGUCCACAGACCGAAAUAGUAUUCCUACCAGAGUUCCCUCAACGCCUCCCACAACAGGCGCCACUUCUUCGAAGAACAGAAUACGCAUCUUGAAGCGUGGUACUGCGCUCGACGACCUAUCAACUCGUACUGUUGAACAAGGUAGUCAUAUUGAUGAAAGCUUUAUGAAAGAGGUAUCAUUCAAUUCCGACAACAGACAAAAUGAUAAUAGUUCUACAUCUUCCAAAACAAUAUCAAGAAUUGCACCGUCGAAGAGAGGAACGGAUGCACCCAAGUCACCCUUCUUGAACGGCCCCUCAGUUCCACAGAUAACACAAUCAGGAAAUGAUAAUGACGAUGAUGAAUUCGGUGACUUCAAUCAACUCCAUGAACAACACUAUAGUGAAAAUGAUUCCCAAAUAGAUUUGUAUGAAGGACUUGAUUCCGAUAUGGACGAAUACGUUCCACCUCCAAAAGUUCAAGCCGCAUCUGUUGUUCAAUCUAUCUCAGCAUCUAAGAAUGCUAUUCAGCCAUCAGACGUGAAUAAAUGUAAGAAAUCCAAAGAAAAGAAAGAAGCUCAAGUUGCUGUUGAACCUGUAAAAGCUAGAAAAAAGAUUACUAUUCUCAAAAAAGGAGAUUCAUUAGAAGAACUUCUUAGAAGGUCAAACGAAGGAACGCCAGAACCUCAAAGUUUCAAACCAACUGAAGCAUCAGUUGAUCUGGAUGCUACCAAAGAUUUGACAAACAUCUUGUUUCAAAAGUCUCAAUCCAAUGAGAACCAAUCGGCCGAGCCUCCAAAAGAACAGCCACUCAAGUCAAAUCCAAUCCCGCAACCCAAUGGCAACUCUGGCAGCCAACUUGGGUUACUUGGACUUGUAAAGCAGAACACUGCAUUGAAUGGAAAUAGCUCCGAACUUUUAGAUAUGCUGAAACGCCCAAGCUUCCGGGAAGAAUCACCGGCCAAAAGCAAUGGAUCAUCUGAACUGUUGGACAUUCUACAGAGAAGAGAACCCUCCAUCCCACCAACAGAACCACCGGCUCCUGCGAAUAGCAGUUUGGAGCUUUUAAGUAUUCUCAAAAGCCCCGACCAACAAAAGAAAUCAGAAGACAGUUCCGAGUUGUUGAGUGUUUUGAAAGGCAACGUUCAAGAUAAUGAGCCUGUUAUUAAUAAUGAAAUUCGCAAGGAAACUUCCAACGGAAGCUCUGAACUACUUGGAAUUUUGAAAGGGAACUCAUCUAGUAGUGCCGAGUUGCUCGGUAUGCUUAAGGGUUCCAACUCUGUAGCCCACAUAUAG